AUGUCUGUUGUUCGGGCUCCCAACCAUCCUGCAACUUUCAAUGGGCAUUUCCAACCCAUAGCCGAUGUAUGUCAAAUCCAUCCAUCCUCCCCUUUUUGCUCAGCUGACCCCUUCGAUCGGUCUAUCGCCGAAUCUGUCCGCGCAAACCAGUACAGUUAUGUGAAAACCACCAGUUUUUUCCAAUGUGGAGGUAUCAAUUCCGAAAAGAACGAAGACUUCGAAGUCGAGCUUGUCACAAAUACCGCACUCAACAAUACAUUAACUGCAGACUCUAUCUACAGUUUAAGUGGCAAACUCAUUGCGCUCAAUGAUGGAUCGACCCCGAUCCUCUCCUACUUUCAAGAUACUGUGGUCCGUGUUGGCCCAACUGGUCAGGCCCAACCUGACUUCACCAACAAAUCAACUGUGACCAGCCUUGGGAUGGUCACUUCCCGCCGGGAGGUCGCCUCAAAUGCUUCAGACUCUGGUAGUCACCUAGAAGUUAUUGUUGCGCAUUGUGAUUGGGACGGCCAAGAGCGAGUCCAUCGACGUUUCAACAUUAAGUACAUUGUCCCUGGUACUAAAAACCUUGUGAAGACGCAUACCUUAUACCAAGUCGGCCGGGAAAUCAAUAUUAUUGGACAAUUAGUCGACUUUCACAUGGAGGACCAUAUGGCUGUCGUAGUUGUCUCAUUGGUCUCCGUAACAUCCGGACACCAAACUGGCCGAGUCAACACCAGUAAUCCAACCGCAUCCAGCUCUUCUCCCAUUCAAGGAAGAAAAUUUACUAAAUUUUUGGCAAAGACAAAUUGUUCAAGUGGCCCGUCAACCCCCCAAGCCAACAAGCAAACGUUACCCAUGCAGUCUACUUCAGGUGCCACAUCAAGCUUGCAGCGGGGCCCGACCCCCGAUCUAACCACAAAAGGAAAGUCAAAGGCGAUGUCUGACUCUGAUACUGACGUUGACAAGCCCUCAGACAAUGAUGGAUCUGAACACAGUGAUGACAAUGUUCAUGAUUCCCCUCCACCGCAAACAAAACGUGGGCGUCCACGCAAGAAUAUCGUCAAAGAAGCCGCCAAAAGGAUGAGGAAGCAUUGA